UACGCACGGGGCUCUCGAGCACGCCAGGGAAUCCGCUAGGUCGCCGCUUGAAGUGUGUGCGUGGUUGGCUGUUGCUUUGCGUCCGCGAGGUCGUGGAGAGCGGCGCGAGGUCGCGAGUUCCGGCGAUGUGCGGGCGUGCGGGGCAGUGCGUGCGCAGGCGCGCGCGGUCGCGGGCACGACUCACUUGGGCGUGGCUAGGAAUCGACAUACUCGACCGGAAACGCUGGCAAAGGCAAGACCAACUGCUAGCAUCAUGGUUCUCUUUAUCUGAGUCCAUUCUCAUCUCAGUGAUUGGGUUGAAUAGCUCCAAUGAGAUCUGGAAAGCCCUUGAAGCCUCCUUCUCAACCAGAUCCAAAGCAAGGACCAUGCACUACAGAAUCCAGCUGCAAAAUCUUAAGAAAGGCAACCUCAACAUAAAAGAAUAUGUCAACAAGAUCAAGGUGUGUUGUGACACCUUAGCUGCUGGAGGUCAUGUCAUCACAGAGCAAGACCAGAUCAUGCACAUCCUAAUUGGUGUAAGCUCUGAGUAUGAUGCAGUGGUUGUGAGUGUCAAUGCAAGAGUAGAAACUCUCACAUUGGUGGAUGUCAUGGCACUCUUGCUCACAUAUGAGAGCAGACUUGAGGCAGCUGCAAUAGCAACAGAGAACACCAUCUUACCUUCUGCAAACAUAGCCUCACAGAACAACAAACCUCAACAGAACUUCAGCAAUCAGAGAGAAAGAGGAGGCUAUAGAGGCAAAGAAAGAGGAGCAAGGGGUAGAGGAGGAAGAUUCCCUCAGAAUAGAGUCCAAUGCCAUAUCUGUGGGUACACAAACCACACGGCUGAUAAAUGUUACAACAGGUUCAAUUCAGACUUUGUUCCUAGCAACACAAAUCAGAGAGGCUUUAAUGACAACAGGAGCAUAGGACAAAGUUCAGCCAUGUAUGCAACUGGAAGCAAUCAAAGUGAAAGUGACUGGUUUCCUGAUUCAGGUGCUACUCAUCACAUUACCAAUGAUUUCUCCAACCUAAGUGUGGCUUCAGACUAUACAGGGAACAACAAACUUCAGAUUGGCAAUGGCUCAGGGCUAGACAUCUCACAUGUUGGUAAAACUCUCUUCACAAACUCACACCACACUUUCAAAUUAAACAAUCUUCUCCAUGUUCCUGAAAUAGCUAAGAAUCUCAUUAACUACCCUUGUUCUUCAAGGUUUGGAAUCUUCCACCGGAGGAAGAAUGCUCUUGUUCUAGCUCACCGGAGAGAUAGAUUUGGUGUUGCUCAAUUUGCCAAAGAUAACAAUAACAGCCUCAAGAAGCUUAGUUAUUUUGUCAGUAGUGUUAAGGAUCUAGAAUUAUGGCAUAGGAGGUUAGGGCAUCCAUCUUUUGAUGUUACUAAGAAAGCUCUUGACAUUUGUAACCUGCCCUAUGCAAAUAAUAAAAUUACUCUUUGUGCUGAUUGUCUCCAAGCUAAAUCUCAUGUCUUACCUUUUCCUACUGUUGUUCACAACACUGAAAAACCACUUGAGUUCAUUCAUACUGAUCUUUGGGGGCCAGCUCCUAUAAAAUCAACCUCAGGAGCUUGCUAUUAUGUGGCCUUUGUUGAUGACUACACUAAAUUUACAUGGUUGUAUUUCCUCAAACAAAAAUCAGAGACCUAUAAAGCCUUUGUCCAUUUUCAAAACGUGGUGGAAAAUCAAUUGAACCUCAAAAUCAAAACCAUUCAAAGUGAUGGUGGGACAGAAUUCAAGCCCUUGUCCAGUUUGUUUUCAGAAAAAGGAAUCCAUCACAGAAUUUCUUGUCCUUAUACCCCUCAACAAAAUGGGUUGGUAGAAAGAAAACAUAGGCAAGUCAUAGAGGUUUCCCUUAGCAUGAUGUCAGCUUCUAAUAUCCCUAAGAGAUUCUGGGAACAAGCCUUUUCCACAGCCAUAUAUCUUAUCAACAGAAUACCAAACAAAACCAUCUCUUAUCAAUCUCCUUAUCACAGACUUUAUGGUCAAAUUCCCAACUAUAGACACCUUAAAGUUUUUGGCUGCAGGUGUUUUCCCCAUUUAAGGCCUUAUACCAAAGAUAAACUGGACUUGAGGUCAACUCCAGGGGUGUUUUUAGGUUACAGAUCCCAAUAUAAAGGGUACAAAGUGCUUCUGAAAAAUAAGAUCAUUAUUUCUAGAAAUGUGGUGUUUGAUGAACUUUGUUUUCCUUACAAAGAAACUGACAAUCUAAGGCAUAUUGAGCAACAUUAUGAUGUUUCUGAUUUCUCCAUUCCACCACCUUUGCAUGCUAAUGAACCAGUAAUACAAAUUCCAACCCAUACAGCACCUCAAAAUGACCUUCAUUCCACUGCACAUGCCUCACAAAAUACCUCACCUUUGCAUUCUCCUGUGCAUUCACCUCACCACUCACAUCACACACCAUCUUCCUCAUCACCUCAUUUACAAAACAUCAUGCCCAACAUGGAG